AUGCAUCAAAAGAAGCCAGAAAAGCAAGCGGCACUCGCAAAAGUCAUUGCAGCACACAGGGUUGCACUCAAAUCAGAAGAUCCCGAGGAGGGAAAUUGGACGACGUACCUGACAAAAUUUGGCGUCCACUACAUCACGAGUGACAACUUCUUCUUCACCACCCGCCCAGUCCUUGGACAAUUUAUUGUUUCGGAGAAAACAGAAGCAGAUAAGACACGUCAGGAGAAAGAAUUUGCCAUGUUCACAGAAAAUUACGUGAACAAGGAAUCAGCGAGACUCAACGGUCAGAAACUAGCUCCGAAAGUUUUAGUGGCGUCGACGUCUUCACCUGUUUUAGAAGAAGAAAGCCACCAAAAAUCGAGAAGACUAACAAAGCAGGAGGAGUCGAUGACACUUCAACAAAUGGAUGCACUUAUUGGAAAGUUGCAUCAGGACGCUCAGAAUAUCAACCAAAAAACCCGAUUUUUCCCUACUGGAACCAAUAGAUUAAUGGAUGCUCGCUCAUACGAAUACAGUACUCAUCGAGUCUUGAAGGGAGUACACAAUCCUUCAAUUAUAGAGCUGAGGGCUUCUAAAGCUGGCGAAAGUGUCGAUAUUGCUUGA